AGGCGUGGCGUCGAGGAAAGCGGUGGUCCUAUCAGCUUCGAUUCGACGCCCUCUGUGGAACAAAUCGUAUUUGUAGUACCACGUGCUCCAAAUUCGCCUCCACUUUUUCUCUAAUCUCUUUUUUCCUCUCCCCACGUGCUUAAAGAUCCCUCAUCUCAAUUUCCCUCUCUUCUCCCCCACCGGCCUCCGCUUCUUCCCCUUCCGCCGGAAUCUCUCUUUUUCCUCUCUCUCGAUCGAUCGCUUGAUUUGGCUCUGCGUUCUUCAGGAUGAUCUCGUCUAGCAAAUUUUGGAUUAUUUUCUUUCUAUCGAUUCCGAGCUUUUUACUCUCUUUUAUCGAGCCGAUCUCUUCUUCCGGCGGCGGUGAUCACGGCGGCUCUGCUCUAAUUGGCGCCGGAUGCGGCGCCAAACCGAUUCUGAAUUCUGCCUCUCUGAAGAAUCGGAGUAUUGGAACGUUUAUGUCUGGAUUGGAAUCUCAGAGCUGCGAGGUGUGGACGGACGCCUGCUCUGAGGCGAUCCUCAGUUUGGCGAAGCGGACGGAGGUGGUUGAUUGGUUGAAGAAGGUGAGGAGGAGGAUCCACGAGAAUCCGGAGCUUGCGUUUGAAGAAUUCGAGACGAGUCAGUUGGUUCGCGAUGAGUUGGACCGGAUGGAAAUUAGCUAUCACCAUCCUUUGGCUAAGACCGGCGUUCGUGCUUGGAUCGGGACUGGCGGACCGCCUUUUGUCGCUCUCAGAGCCGAUAUGGAUGCUCUUCCAAUCCAGGAGGCUGUGGAAUGGGAACACAAAAGCAGAGUCCAAGGCAAGAUGCAUGCUUGUGGGCACGAUGCUCAUGUUACAAUGCUUCUUGGUGCUGCCAAGAUCUUAAAGGAUCGUGAACAUCUAUUGAAGGGGACGGUGAUUCUGCUCCACUCCGUCGACCCGGUCCUGGCCGCCGCCGCCGCCGUUAUCAGCCUGCAGGGGAUCGUCUCUCGAGAGGCAAACCCUUUGGAUUCGCAGGUUGUCUCUGUAACUUCGUUCAAUGGAGGCAAUAAUCUGGAUACGAUACCGGAUACCGUGGUUAUUGGCGGUACCUUCAGGGCUUUCUCCAAUUCAAGCUUCUACCAAGUUCUUCGCAGAAUACAGGAGGUUAUCGUGGAGCAGGCGAGCGUUUACAGAUGCUCGGGCACAGUGGACUUCUUUGAAAAGGAAUACACCAUAUACCCUCCAACUGUAAACGACGAAAAGAUGUACGAGCAUGUGAAAAAGGUGGCCAUUGAUUUGUUGGGUUCGCACAAUUUCAAGGUGGUGCCGCCAAUGAUGGGGGCCGAGGACUUCUCCUUCUACACAGAGUUUGUUCCCGCAGCCUUUUUCUACAUAGGAGUCAGAAACGAGACUCUAGGAUCCAUCCACACCGGCCACUCCCCCUACUUCAUGAUCGACGAAGAUGUUCUACCGAUCGGUGCUGCUACUCACGCAACCAUUGCUGAGAGGUACCUAUACGAGCAUGGCGAAUGAGAAGCUUGAAAAUUCAAGCAAUGGCUAUGCUUUGCGUGUUGAUAUGUUGUGUUUCCGAAGAAAGACAUGGAUUCCCAUGGCAAGUUUUGGGUGUACCAAGGGCCGAUUGUGUUGUGAAGGGAAAGCUGAUCAUGCCCUCAUCCUAUUGUAUAUGAUUAGACGAUUUGGAGCGUCGUUGCUACAACUACACGGUAUAUUUUCCAAUUAUUUUUAAGUGUAUUUUGUUUCGGUUGAUGGUGUAACCAUUGUAACCAUCAACUUAAAUUGUCCAAAACCAAUGGUAGUGAUAGUGAUGAUCGUGAUUAAAGUGAAUUUCUAAGUGAAACCACUGGAGAAGCACGAAUGAAAGUACCUAGGUGUUCUAUAA